GAGUGGGGUGGGGGUGAUGUUUGAUGAAGCUCCGUUGGCGGUUCCGGAGAAGCCACGUUUGGAUCGCGUUUUGGGCUCGCCACGUCGGGGAACUUGUACCGGGACCGAACCGGAGCGACCAUGGAGAGCUUAAGCGUCCCUUCGGACCUCGCCUGUGUCACCUCUUGACCGACUUCGCCGCGCAUGAUUAAGAUGCGGCCGACAGGAGGGGAGCUGGAUGAUGAACUUUGAUUGACUUGACACUUUUCUGCACACCAAAAAAAAAAAAAAAAAAACAAGAGGAGGAUUCCGUUUUUUUUUGUUUUUUUUUUGACAUCCAAAAAUUAGCUGGAAGUUGUACAGUUGUACUCAAACAUGUCGGCUCGCCUGUCUCGGCCCCAACUGGCUCUGUUCUUUAUCUUGCUUUGCCCGGUCAACAUCAUCGGAUUGUGGUGGGCCGUGGGCAGUCCGCUGCUGAUGGAUCCGAACAGCAUCUGCAGGAAGGCAAAGCGCCUGGUGGGGAAGCAGGCCGAGCUGUGUCAGACUCAGCCGGAGAUCGUCAGCGAGGUGGCCAAAGGGGCCAGGCUGGGCAUCAGGGAGUGCCAGUACCAAUUCAAGUACCGCCGGUGGAACUGCACCAGCCACAAUAAGUACUUUGGCAAAAUUCUACAGCAAGAUAUCCGGGAGACGGCGUUUGUGUACGCCAUCACGGCAGCCGGCGUGAGCCACGCGGUGACCCAGGCCUGCAGUAUGGGGGACCUGCUGCAGUGCGGCUGCGAGGCCACCAGGAACAGAGCCCCGCCCAAACCUCUCUCGUCGUCCUCCGUUGACGGGGCCAAGUGGGAGUGGGGCGGUUGCGGAGACGACGUGGAGUUUGGUUAUGAGAAGUCCAAACAGUUCAUGGAUGCCAAGAGGAGACGAGGCAAAAGCGACAUCAGGACACUCGUUGACCUGCACAACAACGAAGCUGGCCGACUGGCAGUGAAGCUCUACAUGCGGACAGAGUGCAAGUGCCACGGACUGUCCAGCUCGUGCACGUUACGCACUUGCUGGAAAAAGAUGCCCCAUUUCCGCGAGGUGGGCGACCGCCUCCUGGAGCGAUUCAACGGUGCUUCCAAAGUGAUGGGCGGCAACGACGGCAAGACGCUGAUCCCCGUCGGUCAGAACAUCAAGCCGCCGGACAGGCAGGAUCUGAUCUACUCGGACGAAUCGCCCGACUUCUGUCUGGCGAACCGUAAAACGGGUUCGCUGGGCACGCGGGGGCGCAUGUGCAACAGCACCGCCAUGGACAUCAGCGGCUGCGAUCUGCUCUGCUGCCAGCGCGGCUACCGCCAGGAAACGGUGGUGUUUGAGGAGAACUGUCUGUGUCGCUUCCACUGGUGCUGUGUGGUCCAGUGCAAAAAGUGCUCCAUCCAAAAGACCCUUAGUCUGUGUCACUGAUGAACUGGAACUGAUCCCCCUCAUUUUUUUUUUUUUUUUUUUUUUUUUUACCGGUAAUUAUUUUUUUUUUUUUUUUUUUUUUUAAUAUAUAUAUUGAGCUUUUUUUUUUUUUUUUGCAUUGGUUUUUGGCCACUGUAAAGUAACUGACUGUGUUGUUUUCCAUUUGACACCAUUCCUUAAGAAAUCUGCAUUAAUCCGGCACUGUUAUUGAUUCCCGUGAUUUCUGAUGAACGCUGACUAGAAAAUCUCAAUAGGCGCUUGGCAAUGAAACGAGUCAAUCACACAGGUGUCUUUUUUUCCCCCCCAAACUACCAAAUUUCUAAAUGUUUUUUGUUUUACAAAGAAACCAAAUCAUGUGAACUUUUGCGUUUUAAAUCUAAAGUGAAAUCUUCCCAAAAAAAAAAAUUUAACCAGGUGUGUCAGAAAAGCUCUGGUGGCACAAAAGCUGUAUUUCAAAUCCAAACUAUGAGUUUUCCACGACAGUAAUCCGCAGGGAUUCUUUCAGGAUCCUCCGGAGCUCCGUCGUCACGGCCCUCUUGAUAAAAUGGCUCCCCUUGAUGACCCUUUGAAAGAGGAGAACGUCUGAUGGCGCCACGUCGGGUGAGAAGGCAACUUGCUGCAGCACGCCGACGUUCUGCUCGGUCAGGAACUGUCAGAAGCUCCGGCAUGCUGUCAUGGCACAACACUCAGCGGUUGCAAACUCCACAGGAUCACUUUAUAGACAAGCUGGUUGAUCGUCUAAUAUGCGAUGAAGGGGGAAAACUCAAAAGUUUGGGUUUGGAAUAUCUCUUUGGUGCUCGCAAUCCUGGAUUUUUUUUCUGACAGACCUGAAAUCAAGCUUGAUUUUUAAAGUGCUUAUUUACCAACAACGCUGACGCCCGAAGGGUCUUAAAUGGUUCGCAUUCCAUUUAAUCUCCACAUACUGGACGCUACAGACAGCAAGCGUAAAAAGGCACUGAAUUGCGAUGAAAUAUUUAAGACUGUCAAUCAAGCCUCACAUUUCCAUCAAGCAGUUCAAUUCAUUUUCACACCGUUUGUUGGGGCAGAAAAAGCUCUAAUCUGGCUGGUGUUCAUCAAUAAGGGGGUAUGCAUUUAAUACAUUUUGCAUAGAAGAGCAAUAUGAUGAAUGGAGGCCAGCAUGUAGCAUGGCGGUGGGAAGUGAGUCAGGACAAGCGGAACAGAAAAUGGAUGCAUUCAACUGAAGUGAUGGAUGAAAACCGAAUCAAAUCUGAAAUUUUCUUUCAAAUGUCAUUCUUCUUUUUUUUGGGGGGGGGGGGCGCUGCUCAAUCCAGAAAAGAGCUGCUGAUAUCUGUCCCCAAGUCAUGUGACAGUAGGUUCAUUAACUUCAUAAAAGCAAAACUUUGCUUCUCUCUCCCCAAGGUCAUACGUCAGCACCGUCAGUGCAGCUGUGGGCCCCCCCCCCCGACCGGCAGUGAGUUAUUUAUAGGGGGCGGGACAUGACAAGACUACUCACUUUGAGCCCUCUCAAAAGCACUUUCAAUAUCGCCGCGAUGGACUGAAAAGAGUUUUGCAGGUUUGCCAGUUGGUUUAAAACCCAAAUCUCGACUGGUCCAACCUUGUUUGCAAAAAGAAAACAUGCGAUGAUGAUGAUGUGCAGGGCUAAUUCUAUGAUGCACUUUUGGUGGUUAGCUUUUUAAAAAGCAUGUAAAUAGUGUGCGUGUCUGUGAACUGAGCAGUUCUAAUCAAUCAUAUUUCAACCAUCAGGUGAGAAACUUCCGCCGUGCACGCGCGCGCGUGUCGGGGAACCACGUGCUGCCACCUACAGGACACAGAUGCAU